UUUUGUCACCGGGCCUCAGCGGUGUGGAGGUGGCGGUUGCGGUGGCGAUGAGGCAGAAGCACUACCUUGAGGCUGCGGCGCGGAAUUUACAAGACAGCUGCCCGGGCCAGGCCCGCUAUCUCCUCUGGGCCUACAGUUUGGCACACGAUGAUAAAAGCGCUUUUGAAGGAACAUGUCCAUACUGUUUCCAGUUGCUGGUUCACGAUAAGUCUCGAGUGCGCCUCAAACCCAAACCCAAACUGACACCCAAAAUACAGAAACUUCUUAGUCGAAAAGCAAGAAAUUAUACACUCAGUUUUAAAGAAGCAAAAAUUUUGAAAAAGUACGAAGACUCCAAAAGUGUAUUGUUGAUUACUUGUAAAACAUGCAACAGAACAGUUAAACAUCAUGGUAAAAGUAGAAGCUUUCUAUCAGCAUUGAAGAGCAAUCCUACCACUCCUGUGAGUAAACUCAGCCUGAAGACCCCAGAGAGAAAGACUCUAAGUUCUUCAAAGCUAAAUCAUGAUACGUCUGGUUCCAAAGGCAAGAGCCCAGCAUUGAUUUUCAGAACACCUACAUCUGGACAGUCAACACCCAUUUGCUCCUCAAAGAAUGUGAGAAAAACAAAGAAACACUUCUCUCAACUAAAAAUGUUGCUUAGUCAGAGUGAAUCCGAAAAGAAUCCAAAGGUGGACUUCAGAAAUUUCUUAUCUUCUUUAUAAAGGAUGGACUAUGAAAAUAAGAAACGUUUAAUGCAAUUUCUGAAACUAAAGUUAGUCAGAAAAACUGCUUUUUAAAAAACUUAUAUAUUUUUUCUUUAAGAAUUUUUAUUGAGAUACAAUUGACAUACAAUAAACUGCAUGUAUUUAAAGUGUACAA